ACAGAAUAAGUUUUACACAUUUCACACGUAUCGAAGCCACCUAUGUAAUAAUAUACGGUUGUGAACGAGUGAUCGUAUUUUACAUUUGAAACAUUAAACGAAUAAAAUUAUAAUAAUUCAGAGUAAUAAUAUUUCCAAAGACCGUUUGCGAUCAUCCGGAUAACGUUUUUUUCUGAAUUAGUUGUCCAAUGUACCCGCCUUUAGUCAUCGCAAGUAAUACAUUAGUAUUUUAAAGUUACGCUCAUUGAAAUUCUACGUGAAAUCAGACACCGUACCUACAUAUACAGUUUUGAUUUAAAUAAAUCUGUCGUAUCAAAUUGAGAAAAUAAUUCAUCCAUAAAAUAUCUGAAAAUGGAAUUAUAUUGAUAACUGAAGAUAUUUUACAAGAAUUUGGAAGAAAAAAAGCGGGCAAGUAACUAACGCUCUGCUGUACAUUAGAUGUCUAGAAUAGUCACUGUAAUGGAUGUGUCAAAUUUAAACUCAAUGCUAUGAAAUCAUUGUGUAUGAAAAAAUGAUUCUAAAAGAAGACUAACUGUCAGCCUAUAAUAUUACUAAAAUUCAAGAACAGUCAUGAAGUCAACCAUGAAUAUUAUGAAAAUAACCCAAUGUUACCAUCGGUUUUGGAAGAGAAUAUUUAUGUUCUCAGUGCUUGUAUGGGUCAUUAUAUUUUGUGCGACUUUUUAUGUCGAACGCGAAAAACCCUUCGACGAUGAUCUAGAACAAACGCUGUCCAUAACACUUCAACAUCUCGACAAGGAGCAUAGAACCAACAUCGAACUGACUGAAAUAAGGAACGAUCUAAUUCAAAAACUGAGAUUCGACGAAAAAAAAAUGAAGAACAAAAAGAAAAUGUUGUACCCCCCGUCUGAAGAGUACGAGUUGUUGCGUCGUCGUAUUUAUUCAAACACGAAAGAAGUUUGGUAUUACGUCAGUUCUACAUUACGAUCGUUGGCCAACGAAUUCGAUGAUUUGAAACCAAAAGUUUCUGAUAUGAAAACUAUGGUCGACGAACACUAUAGAUCGUUAUUGAGAGAUGUAGCCAAGCUAGUCGAUGUCGACGGUUAUUCACAGUGGAGGUGGAAAGAGUUUGGCUCUUUGAGUAGACUUGUCGAAAAGAGACUUCGACAUACACAGAAUCCACCCGACUGUACCAAAGCUAAAAAGCUCUUGUGCAAUUUCUUCAGCGCAAAUUGGUGUGGAUUUGGAUGUCGUGUACACCAUUUCGUCAAGUGCUUAUUUGUCGCCUACGCCACCGAGAGGACAAUGAUUAUAGACAAUCCUGGAAAUUGGCGGUUUACUAGCGGUGGUUGGGAAAAGUUAUUUUUACCCCUUAGCAACACGUGUACGUCGGCGGAUGGUGAAACUUUUUCAAUUUGGCCAGACAAUGAAACAACUCAAGUCAUAAAUUAUAUUGUGCCUACACCCCAAUUUGCUGCCAAACAUCUCAAUCCUCCUUACAUUCCGGUCGUGUUGCCCGAAGACUUAGCUGGACGAAUAAACGUCUUGCACGGCGAUCCCGCUGUAUGGUGGAUAGGCCAGUUCUUCAAAUACAUCUUCCGGCCGCAACCAUCUACUACCAUUGCGUUUAACGAGUUUGCCAAGCGUGUGCAUUUCCAAAAGCCAAUUGUCGGAUUGCAUAUCAGACGAACGGACAAACUCAUCAAUGAAGCUUCGUUGCACAAACUCGAAGAGUAUAUGUACCACGCUGAAGAAUAUUACAAGCUCAAAGAAUUGGACGGCGUAUACGACACGAAACGGAUUUAUUUGGCCACGGACGAGCCAACAUUGUUUGAUGAAGCUAGACUCAAAUAUCCUGAAUACGAUAUUAUCGGCGAUCCAGAGAUAUCAAAAACUGCGUCGGUUCGACAGCGCGAAUUAGACGGAUCGAUUAUAAAUAUCAACAUCGAAAUAUAUUUUCUAGCUCACUGUGACUACUUAGUUUGUACUUUUUCGUCAAAUGUGUGUCGCUUAGCAUAUGAAAUUAUGAACAGUCUCCAACCAGAUGCAUCAGCCAAGUUCACUUCCUUAGAUGAUACAUUUUAUUUUCAUGGUCAAGUGCACAGACUGAAUGUAGCUUUACUAUCUCAUAAAUCAGAAGGAUCGGAAGAGAUGGAUCUAGAAGUAGGUGACGAGAUCGAAGUAGCUGGAAAUCAUUGGGACGGUUAUUCAAAGGGGAAAAAUUUGAGAACAAAGAAAACACUUUUGUAUCCUACAUUUAAGGUAACAACAAAAAUCGAAGUUUUACCUUUUGCCAGCUAUCCAAAUAUCACUUUGAACACGGAGGCAUAGAAAGAAGAAAAAUUAUAAAAUUUGUAUUUGUACUAUUACCUACAUAAAUGUUAUGAGUUAUGACUGUUGUUAUUAAAAUAAAACAAAAUGAUAUGGGUUUUAAAAUAUAAAAUUUG